AUGAAUUUUGAAGCCUUCUUUAAACAUAAAGAUAAUUCACUCGGACCUUUAUAUAAUGAAUGGUUAGAAAAUAUCAUCGAGGACGAUAGAUGUCUUGCCAAAUAUGGAUCAACUUUGUUACCAAAAUUAAUCAGUCUCAAAUCAAUUGAUUAUAUAGAAAAGAUUUAUAAGUCAUUAACGACACAAAAUUUAAGCUAUCCAAAUAAUCCUUGGGCCAUUUCUAAUACUUUUUAUCAAACCGAUGAAAAUGGAAAUAUUUUAAACCAAACACUUAUUCAAUCCCCUGAUGAAAAAAACAAUUUAUUUUAUUCAUAUUUCACUUCUCUUCUUGCAAUGUACUUAUUCUUAACAGAUUCAUUAUCAUCUUGGACACCGUCUGAAAAUAAGACUUUAUUCAUUUUAAUGGCUGUAUUUUCAUUUUUAAUUGUCAUAUAUUUAAUGAAUCUAUUUAUUGGUCUGCUUAAUAUGGCAAUUGAAAAGAUAACGAUAGAGCUUCACAAAAAGCUGAAGUUAUAG